UUAAAAAAACUUUAGUCUUGUAUAAAUGGAGAAACUUGUAACGUCGUUUUGAAUAUAGAGCCCUCUCUUGUUUUCUCUUUUCCCCAAAAUCAAAAUACAAAAUCCCGCUUCCUAUUCUUGAAAUACCCAAAUCUUCUUCUUCUUCCUCUCUGUUCUUCAGACCAAAAAAAAAUAUAAAAAAUAUUGGUGAAAUGGCUAACUAUCGUCGUUUUUCUCCGAAUUUAGACGACGGACAACAAUGGCUACCACCGUCUGAUAUUUUUGUUAAUGAAGUUGGUCUAAGACCACCCUCCUUUAAACAUAGUAAUAGUAACAGUAACUACCCUACUCAUAUUUCUUGCAUGGAAGAUCUUGCUGCCCAUUUUGCCGCCCUGUCGUUUCUCAAGAAUCACCACCGCUCUUUAACUCACUCGCCACCCAUUUCAAAACCGCCAUUAAUUUUGAACUCACAGAGACUUAAAAUGGCGGUUUGUGACCAUAUGCCACCUGGGUAUGUUGGUUAUGGCGGCCGCGGCGAAGGUGGUGGUGGUGCUGAACUUAGCCAUAGGUAUUUUAAUCGGUACGGAGGCGGUUCUAAUUUAACCCGGCCUGACCCGUUUUACGAGUUUCUUUCCCGGUCAAAACAGGGUGAUGGCUUUCUUGAAGAAACAAUGCCUAGGGUUUUGCAAAGGCAAAGAAACCAUUUCCAAAGUCGGAUUUACCCGUUUAAAGGAAAUGGGUCUGGCGGUGGCGGUGGCUGUGGCGGUGGCGCGGUGAGAGAAUCAGGAGGUACUGGUGUUUUCCAUCCUCGCAUAGUGAACCCCACGGUGGCCUCUUGUGAUUCUAAAAGAAAACAAAGUAUACGAUGCAGACAAGGUGAAGGCGAGGGUAAUCAGAAUAGGAAUUCAAUGAGAAGGGUGAUGAUGAAGAAUCAAGAAGAAUGCUACUACCAUCUUCCACCAGAGAUGGAUUUGCCUCAAGACUGGACUUAUUGACUUAAUUUCUUCUCCUGCAGCCUUUAGUUUUAGCUUUGUAGAAAAUGAUGUUCAUGGAAUAAGAGCUGUUGGAGAAGAAGAUUUAAUAGAAGAAAAAAAAAACUAAUUAGGCAAUGUGUCUGUUUUUGCUACCAAAUUACAACUAAUUAAGCUUUUGUAGAAAUAAAUAAUGACAAGUUUUUGGUUUGAAUUCAGAUGUAAUUUGACUGGACAAGUAGUAAAGCUAGUAUAUUUGAUACUAAAAAUAUUAAAAUAAUAGUAUUAUAUUAUCUU